AUGAACGGAAAAACUAAUCGCAAACGAAAGCGCCAAUCCGUGCACAAGGACGUUAACGAAGCGCUUACACAAUGGUUUACGCAAGCAUGUGCUCAUGGAGCUACAGUCACCGAUCACGUCAUCAGGCAGAAAGCAUCACAACUGGCCGUAAAUCUUGAAGUUGAUUUUGAACCAAGCAAUGGCUGGCUCAUGCGCUGGAAGCAGGCUAAUAACGUUUCGUUCAAAAUAUUUCACGGUUCUGUCAACGAAUGGGUGACAAACGUUUUGCCGCAACUUUUUCGUGGAUAUGAUCCAAAAGAUGUUUGGAACUGUGAUGAAACGGGAAUUUUCUACAAAGCUAUGCCGUCUGGAUCUUUGCGAUUUGCCGGCGGCGAACAGUCAAAUGGGACGAAAGUUCCCAAAGACAGACUCACAAACAUGGACGGCAGUGAAAAGCAAGCUGUAGUUGUUGGUAAGUCGGCAAAACCACGGCAAACAGAUUUUGACGAAUUUAUCAGCUUCGACGACCGUACACAAUGUUAUGGAGAACUGACUGACACGGACAUCACACGUGGUAUAAAAUCGGAUGAUCAAGAUUUUGACGAAGAUGAUGAUGAUGCUGAAAGCGUAAGUUCUGAAGUUUCUGAAAGUGACAAACCAGUGCCAAAUUCUCUGGCUGCAUUGAAUGCGCUUGAAACUCUGACAGCCUACUUUGAAGCAAAAAGCAGUAAUCCUGAUGGCGCAUUGAAAAUGAUUUAG